CCAUACGCUAUUAUGACUCCACAUACCGUUCGACUUUUACAGGGGUGCAUCCAGAAAUUAACCGCAGCGUGCAGAUCAGUAUUAUAGUGUUAUCAGUUGUAUUUGUCGUUUACAGGGAGACAGCACUGAAGUAUUCGAAAGGAGCACGAAGGAAAGGUGACGGCUUCCGCUACGAAGAGAUGGUCAUCGCGCUGGUCUUCCUCCGCUGCCUCAGGAAGCGGCUCCCCGACUUCGAGCUGACGUCCGACAACUGCUAUGCGGGCAGGUUUGACGACAUUGUCGUUACGUGGGGGGGAGACAGUCACAGGUACGCUUUGCUCGUGCAGUUGAAGCACAAAACGUCGACAGAAUACGAAAAGAUCAAAAAGAGCCAUCUGUUACCGACGAGUGAUAACAAUAAAUCCGAUUUCAACAUUUGGAAGUACCACAAAUCUUUCAGAAGCAUUAAAAAGAAUCUAAACGGCGGUCAGUACGCCCUGGUGCUCCUAACUAACGUCCCACUGCACGAUAAUGCCUUGGGAUUCUUUACGGAGCGGCGGACGACCUCCGUCUUGGGGGCGGAUCUCCUUGAGGCCGGUGGCAGAGUUUAUACGCUCGACACCAGAGCAGUUGCUGGGUGUGACCCCGAUUUCAUGGAACAUUUUUUCAUGUUCUGUAAUCAAAAGGGCGUCAACGAAAUAACGGACGACAUAUGCGCAGAGCUCGUACACCUACUGGGGCCUACGGACAGCUACGAGAGAUUGUGUGAAGAACUGUGCAGGUGUGUCAUGGAGUGGAAAGAUACGUCAAGCAAAGAGCGAGAGAGCCUUAAUGGUAGCUGGACCAAAUGGCGAGAGAUUGUUCGCCAGCACAGAGUGACCAAGAUCAACGACUGCGAUCACUUGACGACGAGACUGAAGUUCCGUAGUGUGGAAGGUGUUCGCCGGUAUGUGGACAGUGCCAACCCCGCCUGUGUGAGACCUCUGUCAGCUGACACCAUGGCUCUGACAGUCACUAAGGUCCACCAAGCAAUACACCCGGAAACGCACAUCAUGGUGAACGUCAAACGAUUCAGGGAGUCACAAUUGGGUGUUCUUCGAUGGUGGGGUCCCUCCUGCAGAUGGCUGGUUCUCGUAGACGAUGAUCAAGAGGAAAGAAGACAAUCCCUUAACUUGCUUAACCAGAUGAGACGGCACCUAGAAGAUGGCCGUCGUCUGAUUGUUGUGUCAAUGAGAGAAGAGACAUCUUUCCAGGACUCAUUCUGGUGUGGUGACGUCAGCGAUGAGAGCUGGGACGAUCUCCUGCUUACAAAAAUCAGGCUCAAUGGGGCUAAGCGUAAAUGCCAGCUAGGUGAGCUUGUGUCGAAUACAGCAGAGCUCCAGAACCUGUUGAAACACAGGUUAUCCUGCUUGAUCGCACUCGCAAGGAACUCAGGCUGUGUGAAGCUGGGCCAAACAUUCGAGCCCCUAUCAGAAAACUAUGUGCCAAGGCAGUUGGUUACACAACAGUACGUGAAGGACGAAUUCUUCUCAUCCCUGGCUAUGAGAGAUGUAUGUAUUGCAGAUAAUAGUACCUGUCGGAUACUUUUAGAGAAACUGGGCUACCUUAUGAAGAAUUACAAAUUGUGCACCUUUGGGGAAUUGGAGAAAUACCUUGCUUUGCACAUGUCAAUGCCCAUUUUGGCUAAAACUGAAAGUAUUGAUACUAUCGCCCUUGAAAGGAUAUGCAGAAAAUACAGAGGGCUACAUAUGUUUACAGUAAAUCACACUGAACGUGGGUGGAAUGUACAGUACUUCCUUGCUGGAAGUGGUAGGAUCCGACACUAUGUCAGAGAGCAGACAGUACAGCUCCUGGAAGCACUGGAUGCUUUCAAUAACAAGAUAAUUGUCGAAGGCAGACCUGGGAUUGGCAAGUCAACAAUGCUGUUGCAUCUAGCUACAGAAGUGAAACAAAGUAACCCAAGCAGCUGGGUUGUACAGAUAGAUCUGAGAGAAUGCUACGAAAAGUUUGAGAAGCAUAUGAGUGCUGAGGAAGUCAGGGAACUUUUCCUGCACAGUGUGAUGUUCAAUGAAGGGGAACUGGCUGAGCUGGAGUUCAACUUGCUCCAGCACUGUCUUCAGAAUUACAAAAACAUGGUGUGUCUGGUGGAUAACUUCGAGGAAGUGGGUCCAGACUAUGCAGAGGUGUUUCUUCAAGCUCUGAGGCUUGUAUCACCCAACCGAGGCAAACUGGUGGUGACGACACGGCCGGCUGCUGCAAGUUUGUUGGAAGAUCAUCUGGGAUCACUGGCGCACUUGCUCCCCGCUUUCAGUGAUAGCCAACUCCAGAAAUACCUUGAUAGGUUUCGACCUAGAGCGCUCAGAUGGAGAUUCGACGGCUUAGCGACACCACUUAAGGAUCUACUGAGAAUCCCACUGUUUGCCGAAAUGUACAGAGACCUGAUGGAGGUCGGAACAGAGUCACAUGACACUGUGGCCUUUUGUGAAGUCUUUUUCCACUACAAGUUUGGAAAACUGUAUGUAGAAAACUUUGGGGACAAGCUGUCUGACCCUGGAAAGAGGAAGGAAGUGAAAAUGUUAUGGAGGUGCCAUGAGGUCAAGCUCAAGCGUUUAGCAGGAUUACUUCUGGUGCGAAACAAAGAAAUCCUUCAGUCACUUAUACAGUCAUCUGGGGGUGACAGUAUUGUAAAAGCUGGAAUAGUGCAUCAGUUGACCGGUGAGAAACUGCUGUUCGAGCAUAGGACAUUUGCGGAAUAUUUCCUCGCAAAGUGGUGUUUCUCAGAUGCCAGCCGAAAGGCGUGUGCAGCAGUGUACAGUACCGCUCAGUCGGGGAGGAACUUGGAGUUUUUUGUGGAGGUGUUUGACCGCAUGGCGAGUCGGGGACGACAACUGCUAAGUUUGUUGCUAGAUGGUGAUGAGAGAAGAGUGAGAGCGUUGCUGCAGGCAGGUGUGGGACUGGAAGAGAGGGACAUUUGGGGGCGCAAUGCACUUCACAUUGCAGCUGCCCAAGGAGUCAAAGCAUCACUGCUGCGACUCUUGUGCCAGAAGAUAAAGGCAGCUCUGGCUGAGGAGGACGGACUCCUACACUGGACACCACUGCAGUAUGCAGCUAACAGGUGCCACUGGGACACAAUGGAAACCCUGCUACAGGCUGGUGCUGAUCUGAACCAAUUGGUCAACAUUCAGAACACUGCGUCACUCCUCCUCUUGAGGAACAACUACAGAGUCAAUGGUCUUCUACAGAACUUGCUUGUGAGAAGCAGAGGUAUACGGUCCUUUCAAGGUGCUGAAUACUCUGGGAGAUCUACAGUAAACCAGAAAGGAGGAGUGUGAAUGUGGAUGAACAGGAGGCUAGGAUUUUAAAGAUUACAAGAACUAGUAUACAACCAGGACAGAGCUUCACAUUGCAAUACAGACUGGUUGUGAAGAGAAAGUCAAAAGCUCACAAUGUGGAGUGCAGACUUAUAUGCACAAGGUGAGAGCGGGGCAACUGCACUACAUUGUGCAGUGUACUUGAAUGGGAUAAAUUGUAUAGAGCUUCUUAUUGGUGCAGGUAUAGAUAUUGGAGUGCAGGAUGGCAAGUGGGAGACAGCUCUGCAUUAUGCAGUGAAAGUGGAAGCCUCAGAUGUUGUGAAGCUACUUACUGAGGCUGGUUUGUUUCUAGAGGACAGUUAUACAGAUACAGUUGCACUAUGCUGCAGUAGGAAAAGUGCUCAGCUACUGCUAAGUGUGGACGACUUGCACCUCAGUGCAACUCUACUAAAUGCUGCAGCAAAAGCAGAUGAUAGUGACAUCAUCAUACUUACUUAAGUUGGUGCAAAUCUUAAGACAUAUGAUGAUGAUGAUGAUGGAAUGUCAGCUUUGCACUAUGCUGCAUUGCAGGGCUGUGUAAAAUGUGUUCGGUUGAUUGCUAGUUCUGAUGCAUAUGCGGAUGUGCAGGAUAAUUUUUGUGAGAUGCCCCUCCAUUACAUGGUAAAUAAGAAAAGUUGAUUAUCAGUGCUGGUUCACAUCUGCAGGUACAUGACAUACGUGGUAAAGACAGCUUUACGAUAUGCUGCAUGUCAGGAUAGAGUAGAAUAUGCUUCAGUGUCUGUUAGUGAUGACACAGAUGUGAACAUGUGGGACAAAGUCAGUGUGACUCCUCUCCACUAUGCAACAGAAGAAACUUCCUCACUAUUGAGUUACUUAACGAGUCCAGUGAACUUCUACACACCUGUAACAAGGAUGGAAUAAUGGCCUUGCCCUCUGCUGUAACCUGUGUCUGGCCACCCUGAUUUAUGUUUUCUGCAAUCUCCCUAAAUCGCUGAAAAUGAGUGCCAGGAUGGUUCCUUUGACAGGGCAUGGCCAACUUCUUUCCCCAUCUGUCCCUAAAACGAUGGGACUGAUACCCUCACUCUUUGGUCCGUUCCCCCAAACUGACCAACCAACCAACCUAUGCUACAGCUUGGGACAGUGCAGAAGAUGCUCAAAUUGUUGUUAGUGAUUUCAUAUACAUAAAUGUGCCAGACAAGGAAAGUGCAAAACUGUUGAACUAUGCAGCGUGUGCACGUAAUGCAGAGUGUGCUUCACUCGCUGCCCUUGCUGAUGUAGAUAUGCAUGUGCAGGACAGAGGUGACCUCACAGCUCUCACUAUGCAGAAUGGAUUUAUUCAAGACAAAAAGAUCACAAUGGCAGUGCACUAAGCAGCAGAGUCAGACAACCAAAUUCCUUUCAGGAAGGCCAAACUAAGGGAGGGUGCGGCAGAAUGUGAUGAGCUGCUGCUCACACUGGGUGCACUUUCAGACACCCGAGACAAGUGGGGAACACUGGGCUUCACAAUGUUGUGUCUGCUGGCUGCUGGGAAUGUGGCCGAGGACAGAAAUGGUGAGGCAGCACUGCUCUUUGGUGUAUUAGCACACAGCUCAGUGUGCUUCACUCUGCUGCUACAUUCUGUUGCCACAGGUUCAAUGUCUUGAAAAUAGAAGAGGGUAAUAGUCCCAAAAAAAUGAAUAAAUAAUUAUGAAAGUAGUUUGCAAAGCAGUUCAUGACUCUUAUUUUUUCUCAUUACUGCCACUGGUAUUUUCUUUAGUUUCCAAGCACUAUUUACUGUUUUAGCGUUCAAACAAUGGAAACUCCAGGUCAAAAUAUCAACAAUAUAAGGAAAACAUAGGUUGUUACUCACCAUAAAUAUAGCUCAUUGAGUUGCAUACAGGCACAACAAAAAGACAUUUACACAUUAGCUUUUGGCCAAAGCCUCCACUGGGAAAGGAAACACGCACAUGUUAUUCACACAAACCAGCACAUUUCACUCAUGCAGGACUGUCAUCUCUGGUUGCUCAGAGUGGAAUUCAGCUGUCACAUAGAACAGAAGCAGAAAUCUGGAUGGGAUUGGGAAGAGAAAGGGAUACAAGGGAUUGGGUGGGUGGAAAGAAGAGCCCUGUCUGCCGGAGUGUGAAGGGACUAGACUGCCAACUGGCACAGUGUCACAAGACUGUGGGGCAGGAUGUGGA